ACAAAGGCCCGCUCUUCUUAUCCCCUCGGCGCAGCGCAGCGUCCCGUCUCUGUCUCUCUCCUUCCUUCCCCUUUCCCCAAACGCGCCUAGCCUAGCUCGUCGCCUCCUUCCUUUCCCCCCUCCAGGAAUUAGCCAUGAAGGGGGCCAAAUCCAAGGGCGCCGUCAAGGCCGACACCAAGUUGGCGGUGAAGAGCAAGGGCGCGGAGAAGCCCGCCGCCAAGGGCAGGAAGGGGAAGGCCGGCAAGGACCCCAACAAGCCCAAGAGGGCGCCCAGCGCCUUCUUCGUCUUCAUGGACGAGUUCCGCAAGGAGUUCAAGGAGAAGAACCCCAAGAAUAAGUCUGUUGCUGCCGUGGGCAAAGCAGCCGGUGAGAGGUGGAAAACCUUGAGCGAAUCGGACAAGGCUCCCUAUGUAGCCAAGGCUAAUAAGCUCAAGGCCGAGUAUAACAAGGCCAUUGCCGCCUACAACAAGGGCGAGAGCACUGCUGCCGCCAAGAAGGCUGCUCCUGCCAAGGAGGAAGAAGAGGAUGAUGAAGAGGAAUCUGACAAGUCAAAGUCCGAAGUCAAUGAUGAGGAUGAUGACGAGGGUAGCGAUGAGGACGAAGACGAUGACGAGUAAACUCAUCCGAAGGGUGCUCCAAUGGACAAGAUGGGGAGCAAGCUGUGCAAGGGGCCUGCGGUGGUCUCGGGCGUUAUAAGGAGCCUAUCCAUCUACUAGAAUUAUCCAGUUUCAACUUCACAUUGUGAUGUUUUUACCUUUUUGUCGUACCUAUAACGGAUAGCGCUCCUUGUUGGCGCCACCGGCAGGGGCGCUCCAUGGCGGAGGUGCCCCGCUUGUACCUAGAUUACAAUGUCUUUCCAUUGUCACCGGCUAACAUUGUGAUAAUAUCAGUUUGGGUAUGUUAGAUUAAAUUGUUCU